AAAUUAUCAUCCGAAACACAAAUUUUUUUUUUAAAACUACCUACAGUUUCAUUGUGGAUAUCUAGUGAUUAGUGUUUGAAAUCAGUAGUUUCACUAACAUGCAACCUUCAAAAUUUUCCAUAAUUACAAAGUCAUGGCUGACAUCUUGUUCGUUAGUAAUCUAGCCGUGAAGGCCGGGAAGAUGAUUGAAGCUGGCUUCUCAAAAAGUAUCCCGUAUGACAAGAAAGAAUCAUAUGCUGACUUGGUAACUGAAGUGGAUAAAGCUGUGGAGAAUUACAUCUGUCAGGAAAUCCUUGCAUCGUUCCCUACUCACAAAAUUAUUGCAGAGGAAGGGUAUUCUGGAAACGCUGAGCUUACUUGUUCGCCUACAUGGAUAAUCGACCCAAUUGAUGGAACCUCAAAUUUUGUUAGCAGGUUUCCUUUUGUUUGUGUAUCAAUUGCUUACUAUGUUAACAAAGAGCCCGAGCUAGCUGUUGUUUAUAAUCCGAUAUUGAAAUGGCUAUUUCAUGGAAUUCGUAAUCAAGGAGCAUUUCUGAAUGACAAACAAAUCCAUACAUCAAAACUUCAGGAUCUGUCUCAGGCUUUGGUUUUGACCGACUGGGGAGGUGACCGAAAUCCAAGUGUUUUAGAUAUAAAGUCGAACAAUAUUCGCCAAAUAAUAUCGAAAGCCCGUGGUGUGCGCACCAUGGGUUCAGCAGCUUUGCAUAUGUGUCAGAUUGCUGCCGGUAAUGGUGAUAUAUUUUUCGAAUUUGGAAUUCACUGUUGGGAUUAUGCCGCAGCUGUAUUAAUUGUUCGUGAAGCAGGAGGUUUUUGUUGUAAUUUUGACGGUAAACCUGUAGAUUUAAUGGCGAGAAAUGUUAUAUGUGCGGGAACUCCAGAACUAGCUAACGCUCUUAUUCCUCUUAUUCAACCAGUUGGUUACGCGAGAGACUGAUAAAAGAAGCAGAAUCACAUAAAUAUAUCUAUUAAGGAAAAAGGAACCAGAGACAAUCAAAAUUUAGAAUUUUUCAUUUAUUUGUUGGUUAUUUUAAUCUGCUGGCUAGUUUUUUCUAUGUGUUUAUUUACAUUCAGAAAGGUUCAAUGAAAGUUGUACUUUUGUUUUUAGAAAUGCCGUUGUGAUUCCAUCCUUACUUCUUCAAUGCAGCAUUUAUUUUUACUUGUAUGUGUGUAUGUCUAUUUAUCUCUAUCGUGUGUAUCGAAAAAAAGAAAUAUGUGCAUAGAUGGAAAAACUCAAAGAGCUGUUAUAUUACAAUAAUUAGUAGUGUUUAGUUUUAAAUGUUUUUCCCACUUUCCUUUCUAUUAAAAUCGGAUUAUUUUUUCUCACAGCUCAGAAGUUGGUUACUAUUUUCCUAUUGAUACACGCCUUUUUCCGUUCCUGUUGAGUUUUUUCUCAAGAAGUGUUUUUAAAAGCGGUCUCCUCUUUGGAUGACAAACCAGUCACAUUUUAGAAUACAAUUAUGCUUGUUUCUUGUGUUUGACUAGAUGGCGUCUCGCUUGAAUUUUCAAACAAAUUUGGAUAAACCAUAAGACACUUAUAUGUAUCAUUACCAAGGUUUGAUUUGAUAAUUUCGAAUAAAUUGAGCACUGGGUAGAUUGUUAUAAAUAAAUAAUAUAUUUGUAAUAUCCCAAUGAGUAGAAAAUUAGAUUUCCUGACGUUUCGUGACUUAUUGUAAGUCACUU